GCGUUAGCCUAAGUGCCUUGUGUAGUUGUGGUGGCUGUGAUUUUGUGUCGUUUUUAGUGUUAUGACGUGAUAUUUGUCCACAUAUUCAAAUACCAAGUCGUGGCUUUGUAGUUUCAUCUACCUACUGAUAUUUAGGCCUACAUCAAGAUGACUUGUAGCGUUCUUUUAGCACGUCUUGCACUGCUUUGCAUUUUUGUGAGCACUUCAUAUUGCCAAGUGAAGACAGGAAAAACAGUUCCUGUUCCUGAAAAGCUCCUGAGUAACCCCUGCAGUGGCCGAGAGACUUGCCACGAGUGUAUCACAUUUGACUCUGAAUGUGCGUGGUGCACAAAGGAGGACUACACAAAGGAUGGAAAACCUCGUUGUGACACUAUUGGCAACUUAGCCAGGACUUGCGCUGAUCAUCAUUUCCAUCCUAAAAAUACAGAGACAAGAAUGAGGGACGAUGCUCUAAGCAAUGUGGGAGCGCGGGAAGGGGAGGCGAUUCAAAUUAAACCUCAAGAAAUAAGGCUCAGGCUGAGGCCAAAAACGCCAUUCCCGCUUCAUAUUGACUUCAAGCAGGCCGAAGAUUACCCUGUUGAUCUUUAUUACCUCAUGGAUCUCUCAAAUUCUAUGAAAGAUGACAAGGACAAGCUAGCUAAUCUUGGAGACGAAUUGGCGGAGGAGAUGGGAAAAAUCACGUCCAACUUUCGUCUUGGCUUUGGCUCCUUUGUGGACAAAAUAGUCAUGCCCUAUGUGAAUACUGUUCCUGAAAAGAUGCAGUCUCCCUGUGAUGGUUGUGUGGCACCAUAUGGUUUCAAAAACCACCUGCCUUUGAGCUUGAAAACUGACAAGUUCAAGGAGCAGGUGACUGCUGCAAAUGUUUCUGGCAAUUUGGAUGCCCCCGAAGGAGGAUUUGAUGCGAUAAUGCAAUCCGUCGUCUGCCAGCAAGAGAUUGGCUGGAGAGAAAAGGCCCGUAGGCUUCUUCUCUUUUCAACAGACAGCGGGUUCCAUUACGCAGGAGAUGGCAAGCUAGGAGGCAUUGUGAAGCCCAACGAUGGUAAAUGCUACAUGGAGGAUGGAGAGUACACGCAGAGUGUACACCAGGACUACCCGUCACUAAGCCAGAUCAAUGCCAAGAUUCAGGAACACAAAGUGAACAUAAUCUUUGCAGUGACAGCAGAUCAGAUUGAUGUGUAUGAGAAACUGGCUAAUGAACUUGAGGGCUGCAGCAGUGGUCGUCUUGAAAAUGACUCAUCCAAUGUGGUUGAGCUUGUCCAAGACCAGUAUAAUAAAAUAUCUUCUAAAAUUGAAAUGAAGGAUAACAUUGCCAAUAACUACAUUCAGAUCACCUACUCAUCGAAGUGUCUUUCGGACAAACUGGAGAAGACAAACAUUUGCACAGGGCUCAAAGUUGGUGAUAAUGUAACAUUUGAAGCUAGCAUUGAGAUAAAGUCCUGCCCGAAAGACCGCAGUGAAUGGAAUCAAACCUUCCAAAUAUAUCCUGUUGGCCUCAGUGACUCCCUCACAGUGAACUUGGAGAUGGUAUGCGACUGUGAAUGUGAACAGCCAUGGAAUGAGGAGAGGGACAGCCCAAAGUGCUCAGGAGGCAUGGGUACAUUUGAGUGUGGAAUCUGCAACUGCUAUGAAAACCGCUACGGUCGCCAGUGUGAAUGUGAUGCCAAGGAUACGGACCAGGCAAAAGAUGAAAAAGGAUGCUACUUUCCAAAUGACACAAAGCCUUGCUCUGGAAGAGGAGAUUGCCGCUGCGGAGUUUGUGAAUGCCAUCCCCGGGAGAACCGAGAUGAAGAAGUCACAGGAAAAUACUGUGAAUGUGACAACUUCUCCUGUGACCGGGUCGAUGGACAGCUCUGUGGAGGCCCAGAGCAGGGCACUUGUGUCUGUGGACAGUGCGAGUGCCUUGACACGUGGUCUGGUCCAGAUUGCAACUGCAGAGAUAGAAAUGACACUUGCAUAGCACCGAAUGGGAAAAUAUGCAGUGGAAAUGGAGAAUGUGUCUGUGGCCAGUGCAGAUGUUUUGAGACUGAUACGGAGCGCUACAGUGGAUUGUACUGCGAGGAUUGUCCAACUUGCCCUGGAAAAUGUGAUGCUUUCAAGGACUGUGUCCUUUGUCAAGUUUUCCAGACAGGACCGCUGUCUGACGCAGAAUGCAACACAAACUGUUCGUUCCUCGCCAUUCAGGCACCUCACAUUGAAGUCACUGAGGAAGGACAAAAGUUGUGCAUCUUCAGAGAUGAGGAUGACUGCAAGUACACCUUCAUCUACAAGUUGGAACAAGACAACAACUAUAUUGUGAAGGCAAAGAAUGAAAGAGAAUGCCCGGAGCCCAUCAAUAUCCUGGCCAUUAUCUUGGGUGUCAUUAUUGGCAUUGUCCUCAUUGGUCUGGCACUGCUGCUUAUAUGGAAGCUCUUCACCACCAUUCACGACAGAAGGGAAUUUGCCAAGUUUGAAAAGGAGCGACAAAUGGCCAAGUGGGACACCGGAGAGAACCCAAUCUACAAGGGAGCUGUGUCGACGUUUAAGAAUCCCACGUAUGGCGGAAAGCAGUAAGCCGCAGGUGGUGGUGUUGACAGCGAACAAGAGGGAAUGUGCCGUUUGGGUUUUAACUUUUGCAAUCACAGACACUGCCUUGAGAGCAGGUUUUAUAGACUUUGAUUUCCUGCAUACCUGUUCAUCAAUUUAGCUGCUCACAUAUUAUGAUCAUCAUCUAUUUAAGACAGGCUGCAAUUGAAGUUUAUUGAUUGCAGUGUUGGGUGAUAGCAAAGCUUAGCAUCAUGUCUUUUUUUUUUUUUUUUGCUCUGAAGGUACUUUAUGUAUUUGAUAGAUGCUACUCCUCAUUGUUGCCAUAUUCAGGUAUAUUGUAUGUACAUUGGUCGGACAUCAAUUCUGAAAUCUAUACAUUUCAUGUGCGCCGUAUGUGUACGAUUCUUUGCCUCAAGUGCAGGCGGGAUGGCACGUGAUUGCACACGUACAGGGUGCCCAAGGACAGUGCUUUGCAGCGGCAAAAGUCAGGGGGGGAAAAAAAAGACUUUUAGAUUUUGAUAUGCACCGAAAUCAGGAAAUAUCCUUUUGGACGCCCGGUAGAUAUCGACUUUGAUUAAUCUCUAGAUGUAACGCAGGGCCUCGUUAGCAUCUGCGUCGUCAUCAGCUUGCAUGUCUGGGAGUACAGGGAGGCUAGGUUCGUUCAGUGUAGAGAUAACGAUGUGUUGAGAUAAAUAAUCUGAACGCCCCUAUUGGACAGCGCUGCGCACGGUGCUGCCCGCUGUCCAAUAGACACGGCCUGAUUAUUUUUCUUGACACAUCAAGUUAUCUCUACACCGAACAAACUCAGCCUCCCUGUUUAAAGAAAAAUGUUUCACAUCGAAGGGAAACAAAACAAAUGGGACAUUAACAGUGUUAAUGUAAUGACUGUUAUGUAUAUAUGCAGUUUUCUUUUUCUUAUUUCUUGCUCUGUUCAGUUGCCCACGCCAUGAAGGUGUAACUCAUCGGGGCUUUUUUCUUUUUAAAUUCCUUGCAAGUGUAUACACAAAUAUACACACAGGGGGGAAGUGUUGCACUUCUUUGAGAACCCUCCACCUUGCAAGUGCAGUUUGUGCCUGCUACAUGACUCUGUCCACAUAUUAUCUGGGCAACACAAAUUAUUACCAACAGGUUGUGUACAACUACCACUGACCUUGGGUACUUACACUUUCUGAAAUUCUAGAGUGUCAGAAAUCAUCGCUUCUUAUGGUACAUUAGAACGCCGUAUAUAUUCAUUUCCACCAAUUUUGUGUUAUGACUGCCUAUUGUAGUCGUGAGAGCUGAUGGCAUAGCACUUAAGAGAACAAAGAGGUGUGCUAGAAUAUUCGCAUAUUUAUUCAAGUUUAUUUCACUUUUCUUUUUUUUUUUUUUUUUUUGUAUACAACGUUUAAAACGAAUAUCUGUCACUUCAAAGUCAGAAGCUUGGAACUGCCAGUGUGUUUUGAAGCUGCUUUGUAAAUCGUAGUAUUUGGAACAGUUUUGAGUUACACAUUGAAGGAACUUCAAGCCCAAUAAAUGUAAAUAAGAACUAGAAGAAAAUGUUUAUGAACGGUCCUACUAGAAAGCUUUUGUGGUGACAUAGCUAGGUGCGGAUGGAGCAAGCUCGUCGUGCAAUAUUUGAAGUGGCGAUUCUCCAACUGAGGAAAUCAAUUUUUAUGAAGUGAACAUUGAGGGGGCCUUUCAAUGUUUCUUACUUGCGCUAGACAUUGUUAUUUUACUACAGCAUGAUACACAUUUCAGGCCAGUUAGUGCCCAUGUGCCAAAUAAUCUGCUAGGUGCCUCUCCUUAAUAGCAGAUAUCACGUCAGGUCUGACAGUAACAGAUGCCACUUUUGACGUAUUAUGUACUGUCAAGUCGUAUAUUCGAGGCUUUUGUUACAUUUUCUUUGUCAAGCCUGUUGCCCAGUUUCUUUUAAAAAAGGGCAUCCUGUCAAACUCUAUUCAGAAUAAUACUAGAUGUAUUAAGAUACGCACGACAGUUUGGGAAUCGCUGUUCAGGCCGUGAAAAUGUGAGCAUGUGCUCCGUGUGGACAUUAUUGUUGAACUUUAUGAGCAGGAUCAACCACGUUACAAAAGAGCAAUGGCAAAUGCUAUGUUACAUUGCAUCUUACCGAGAUAAGGGUUCUUGAGUGUAAGCAUAUUUCAGUUCCAAUAAAGAUACUAAUAAGAAGCCAU